AUGGAUGAGAAUGCACCGCUCUUACCUGGUGCCGAUGCACGUGCUUCGACGGGAAUCUACGCGACCAUCUCCUGUAUGCUUCUUGGUGUCUUCCUCGCCAACGUCGACGCCAGCUUGGUUCUCGCCACGUAUGGCCAAGUCGCUUCAACCUUCGGGGACCUGGAAAAUGGAUCUUGGAUCCUUUCAUCUUUCAUUCUCGCACAGUGCGUCGCUCAACCGCUGUAUGGCAAGCUGGCAGAUGUCUAUGGACGGAAAGCUUGUCUCCAGGCUUCAUAUGUUCUCUUCGCCCUGGGCACGCUAGGAACCGGAAUUGGUCGCACACUGUUGGAAAUCAUCGUUUGGCGAGCAGUUCAAGGCUGUGGCUCUGCCGGCAUGACUUCGAUGGUAUCGAUCAUCAUCGCCGAUUUGGUGCCCUUGCACGAGAUCGCGACCCUGCGAAGCUACGUCAACAUUCUGCAAACGACUGGUCGCAGUUGUGGUGGCGUGAUUGGAGGCGCGUUGACCUACGCUUUUGGCUGGAGAUGGGCUUUCAUCAUCCAAUUGCCUCCUACAAUCGCAGCCAUGCUACUUGUGCAGAAGAGGUUGCACUUGCCACGCCGACCAACUUCAGGCCUGACACAAUGGCAGAAGUUGAGCAGAAUUGACUUCUUGGGCUCGAUUUUCCUAUGCACUCUGAUCUUCUGUGCCUGCUUCAUUCUCGACACUGGUGGUCAGAGGUAUCCCUGGCGCUCCCAGCCCAUCUACAUCACGGCUAUUGCAGGUGUUGUAUCGCUCCUCGGCUUCGUCGUGACCGCGAAUGUAGUGGUAGAGCCCAUCUUCCCGCUCCGCCUUCUACUUGAGUAUGCCGUCAUCACAAAUUACCUCAUUGCCUUCUUGCAGGUUUUGCUACAGUUCUCAUUGAUGAGCGUGGUGCCACUAUACUUCCAGGCUACGAAGAAAGCCAACUCCGCACAGGCCGGCGCUUAUCUUGUCCCGGCGUUUGCAGGAAACACCAUCGGAGGUCUCAUAUCGGGCUACUUCAUCAAAAAGACAGGCCUCUACAAGCCGAUGACGGUCAUAUCGCCGCUCUUUGCAGUGCUCUGCAUGUGCCUUUGCUACUUCACUUGGAAUGGAGAUACCUCCGUGUUUGGCUCACUGGCUACACUCCCAGGCGGACUGGCUUCAGGCAUGGUAUCAAGCUCAGUCUUCGUUGGUCUUGCGGCAGGAGUUCGGGAAGAAGACAUGGCCCUCACCGCAUCUGGCCUGUACCUUUUCUUCAACCUCGGCGCAAUUGCUGGCGCCAGUGCAGGAGCCGCUGUCUACCAAACCAGUCUCAGAACUGGUCUUGCUCACGCUUUGUCCGGAGUGCAGAAUGGAGCGGAGAUCAUGCGGAAGGCUCUUUCUGAUAUCAGCUACGUGCAGAACGCAAGUGAUAGGAUACGAGAGCUGAUUAUGCCUGCUUAUGUCUAUGGAUUGCAUCAAGUCAAUUAUUUGAGCGUUCAGCAGAGGUGUUUGGGAUUAGAAGGUACUUAG